GGCUACAUACCAGCAAUACCUCUGUGGCGUGAAUGGUGACAGCUGUCAGCAGCGCAGAUGAUUUGCUCGUUCACACUUCCAGGGUUUUCACCGCUCGUCCUGCGCUUCUGUGGCAACUUUGUCAUUCGUGAUUAUGCUUUAUUGUGGAGUGUUCAGGAAUAUAACUUCUGUUGUGAGACGAUAGGUGUGUUCGUGAGUCUGUGUGUGUGUGUGACUCCCACUGGGAGUCUGAUUCCUCACAGUGGAAGCUGGAAAGGUGAAGUGACUUUACGCACAAACUCCAUCCAAAGCCAGCGAUCGGUCUUUGCGGCGGGGAUGGAAGAGGAAAGCCUCAACGACGCGUUUCCAGAGCUGAAAGAGGUGGAAAAUAAGCUUGGGAGGAAAACACCGGAGAGUCUGCUGAUUUGGAUGAGGGACGCUGCGGACUGCGGAGACGGUUGGAGGUCUGAUGGGGUAGACAGGGGAGAGCACAGCUGUGCCUUCAGCGGAAGCUUCUCUGACAAAAUCAGCAGCUUAAAACAGGAGAUGAGGUGGCUGCGUUCUGCCGAUGUAAGGAUUCUGCGCCAGCUGGUGGCCGUGCACGAGGGUAUCGAGGCCAUGCGUUGGCUGAUGGAGGAGCGGGGAGCCUUAGUCAGUCGAGGCAGCAGCUUGACAGGCAGCCUGAGCAGCCUGGUCACUGUGGACGAGCAAGGAAGCUCAGUGAGCCCGUGCAGGGAAAGCCCGAGUCCAACUUGCCCUCAGGAUUUGACUGAAACCGCUGGUGAGGAAUCAGCAGAUCAACGAUCACCACACACUAACGAUGGUGAUUCAAACCACAAGAGCUUCUCUGACGUGCUGAGCCCUGAGUCUACUGAAGCAAGACCUCCCAGUCUUUCCAACUCCAAGUUUGAAGUCAGUCGUUCCGCACAUGUCACGCAUGGUCUGGCAUCGACUAAUCCUGCCAACAGUUUGGUCAACGCCAGUUUGCAAAAGUCACAACCACAGGACUUGGAUGCAGGUCCGUUCCGAGACAUCAAAGCUGGCGCUGCUACCAUCAGAAGAGCCCUGCUCAGGUCUAGCAGGGCAAGAAAAGCAGUGGAUACCGGUAGUUUUACCCUCACCCAAGAGUUGAGGGAGACACAGACAAAGCACAGUCUGCCUCAGGAGACUUUCAAAGCCCCUCAGGACAAAAUGAUGGAAGAUGAAGAAGGUGCACUCAAUAGAGAGAAGGCUUUGCUGGGGUAUGAUGCUCAGUGGUGCUGGGUGGAGUCACAGGAUGAUGUGACCUUUUUAUGAUCUAUGGGCACAACUGAAGCUAUUACACUUCAACACUUACUCUAAUGGCCAGUAAUGCAGUGGGAUUUAAAAUGCACCUUGACUCUCAGUGUGUCUUGUUAUGAUAAGAAUGAUGCUUAAAGACGUGUGUGUCACCAUUAGACUACUUUCUCUAUUGGUGAUUUUGUUUAAAAUGUAUACUAUUUAAUUAUAUUGUUUCAGUAUCAUUGUGUUUUACGAGCUCCAAAGCAACAAAAUGUUGCCUUAUGUAACACAAUUACAUAGGAUUCUUUAAAGGAAAUGAUAGAAACCUCCAUUCUUGGAUGAAUAAUGUUCCAUACACAAGGGAUUUGAUUUUAAGUGAUUAAGAACUUCAGUUGUUAAUUACUUCUUAUGCUUAUUUUCUCACUUAUUGUCCAGUCUUGUUGAAUUCUUUCACAUUUGAGUUCAUGUGCUUCUGACACAGGUGGGGAUUUUCAAGAGUAAAUGCUUAAACUGUCCUGCAGUUAUGAGCCUAAUAUAUCUUUUGGAAAUAAAUAAGACAAAAAUGCCUUUCUGAUGUCCUUCUUAACCCAAACAGCUGAAUGUGCUGAAUCAGUGUGUGCUUGUGUACAGGUAUUGUGUCAUUACGUUUUGGACAUCAGUGAUGGAGAAACAAGUCCUAAGUUAACAUGUUAAAAUAAAG